GGAAGGCAGAAAGGAAGCUGGCCUCUCCUCUCUUCAGUUUCUGCAUUUCCCAAGCUGUCCCCUGGUGUCACAUUUCCCUCAGGAUUUCUCAAUCAAAACAAAUAGCGAAGCCUCCGGGGGAAGACGGUGCGUACUGCGUGGGACAGCAGUCUCCAGCAGCCGAGGACCCCGGAGGAGGGAAGGAUGGAGGGGACAGGGGCCCCGGGGUGGUCGUUGAGGGAGCUGCUGCUGAUGCUACUGCUCUGUGUCUCAGGGCUCCACGUUGAAGGCCAGGAGGAGGAGCUCAUGUGCCUAGAGGAAGGGGAAGACAAGAUACUGGAGUAUCACUACAACCGGAUAUACAUGUACAGCCCUAAGGCCUGGCAGCGAGUGGAGAGCCAGGGCCUCCCAAAGACUCUGGUGAAGACGGAGACGAAAAACGAUGACCUGAAUCGGGCCCAGGUGGGAAGGUUCCUUCUGGAGGAUAACCCCACCACUGGCUUCGUCACCAUCACCAUGAGAAGGCUCCAGAGGCAGGACGUGGGGCUGUACCAGUGUGUCAUCCUCCUUGACCCCCUCGUUAUCCUGCCGUAUCCGACUCGACUGGUCCUAUGCCCAGAUUCUUCAAGUACCCAUGCCUCUGACAUAAAUUCUACCCCGAACUUGGCCAAGAAGUCUGCUUUUACUUCCAUGAAGGGCCUGACCCCGACCUUGGCUGAUAUUUCCACCUUUCCUACCACAGAGACUUUGAGCACAGUCUACACCAGCCGCAGAACUGUGACUCAGCCUUUCUCUAAGUCAACUGCUGUCGUCUCCUCUCCUGACCCAGGAGUCAACUUCACAAAUGUGACAGGUGUCAUCAGCGUCUCCUUCUUCAGCAUUGUCAUUCCUGUGGUCUGUGGAAUCUUCGGCAAGAGCCUGGUCUUCGCCAUCCUGUUUGCUGUCACACAGCGAUCAUUUGGACCAUGAGCCCUUGACAGUGACCUCUCACCUCCUAGAGCUACAUCCAUCCGGCAGUGAUGCCAAAGAGAGUGUGGGAGGGAAAGCAGGGGACCCCAGGUGAUUUCUGAGGGUCAGGAUCCCCCUUGCCUGGCCCAGCCUGGCCCACUCAUUUUGACUGUGUACUUUGGCUCCUGCUUUGAGGGGAUGACACCACCCCAGCGCAAGCUGGCCCUCCGUUCGGCCUUCAGGAAUCCAUGAAAUAAAGACAGAGACAUCCACUUCUCGCUGUGGCUGUUGGUGGGGGUCGUGAAUUAUAGAAGGCACAGCUGAGACCUCUGUCUGCUGUCCUCCCCUGGACUGUACCAUUCUGACACAUGGGCAGAAACCCACUGAAGAAGCCUGGUGCCUUCUCAGCCACAGAAUCUUUUGACUGCAGCCCUCCCGACAUACCCAGCCACCGAGCGAGGGAGCAGAUGACAAGAUGCCACCGUGCCAGGUCAGAGGUGGGGAAGAGAAACCGAUAGAAGAGACAGGGUGUGGAGAGCUGGCUGGGGAACUGGGUGGGGCCUGUCAAUUGCAAGAUCCCUGGGCCGUGCUACACGGUUCUCAGGACCCUGUAUGUAGAAUGUCUCCCAGGCUCCCAUGAGAUGCAGAUGCCAUAAAGGAGAGCGGAGGCCAGGCGCAGCCUGCUCUCGGGACUCCCCGUGAUACCCCACUCUUCACCUUCUGGACGCAGAGUGCCGUUUUACUUUUGCUUUUUCUCCUUUUCUGUCUUUGUUUGGCCCAAGUUUGCUCUACAGAGCUAGUUUUUCCCUGACCCGUUCACCCUUCAUUUCUCAAAUAAACUGUCGGCACUGUU